AUGGAUACAUCCAGCGAUGGCAUCUCCAAACUGCCACCGCUGCCUCAAGGUACCACUCUGAGAAAGCGCAUGCUUCCAGAACACACGGCCUCGACGCGCAGCGUCCACCGCAUCCACGUGAGCCCCAAGACGCCCUUCCGCUCCAUCACCGCCCGCGUGCGCAAGCAGCUGGACAAGAACCUGCGCCAGGCGUCCUCCUCGACGUCCGUCUUCGCCAACAGGCUCGCCAGCCGCAAGCACGCCUCCCUCGACGAGCGGGUGCGCGCCAUCCAGCGCCACGCCGGGGACAGCGGGAUUGGGGUCGAGUCUUCUGGCGAGGUCCUGGUCCUGGGCACGGGCCGCGCGAUCGAGAAGGUGGUCGUGGUCGCCGGUUUCUUUCAGAAGCAAAAGGACUGCGUCGUGCGGCUGCGCACGACGACCAUUGGCGCCAUCGACGAUGUUGUCGCCGAGGGUGACGAGGAGGAGGAGGGCUUCCAGGGCGAUACCAGGUUGCGGAUGCUCAGUGCGCUGGAGGUCUCGAUCAAGCUCAAAUGA